AAAAAUUUGGGCAUGUUGGGUAAUAAGGAGCAGGUUGAUAAACAUGUUUAUCAUCUUCUUGCUAGAUGUUGUAAUCUAAACGAGAGAAAAUCGAAAGCUCUUGAGAUAGCAAAACUUUACCAUGGCGUCAGUGAAUUCACAACAGCUAAGAGUUAUGUUGAAGGUUACUUGGAGUUUAGACCCGAUUCUGUACCUGCGUACACUCUUUUGGCGAAAAUUCAGGAGGAUAUGGAUGAUUUAUUAGGAGCCUUAGGGACCUACAAGUCCCUUCGAACACUGACCAAUCUCGAUAAAAGCACUGCACUGCAUGCUUGUCUUCUGGCGCAGGAGUCACAAGAUAUUUCGGAAGUUGAGUUCUGGUCCGGUGUAGCACAAGACAUGUUUCCUUCUGAAAAAAUAACAUUUCUGUUAAAAGAAAAAGUCUUGACUCGCGGCGACAAGGUCCCAGAAUUGUUAAAACUUUUGGAAGCUCAGUUGCAAAAAGAUGAGAGUGAUUCCGAAGUCUGUAUUCGACUUGUUAACUUGCUUUGCAAGUCAGGAUCUAUUGUAGAUGGAUUCUCACGCUGUUUGAAUUGCAUUAAUGCUGGACGACAUAUCGGUAUUGCUGGCUGGUUUCAUAACUGCCUGAGUCUUCUGGAACCUGCGAAACUUUCCACCUCUAAAGCAGAACUACCUUUGGAGUCGUUAUGUUUGGUUCGUGCAGUUUGUUUGAUGGAGUUGAUUCGUGUGACAUCACAAACUUCCUGUUUGUCUGAUAUGCAUCAGUUACUCAUCCAGCUAGAAGCAGUCUCUAGUGAACUUAGUAAAUUACAGUCUAAAGAUUCAAGUAUCCUUAACGAAUUCGCUGUUAUUUGGCUUAAUUUCUAUGGUGGUGUUUAUGCUCAACGGCGUUUUAUGAAUAAAUGUACUGAGUCUUCAGAUUUUCCACACUUCCUUGCAUUCCACUUUUAUCAACGUGUAAGUAAUACUCGACAGCCCGAUGUUACACCUGCGUCUUCCAAUAUCUCUGCUUCACUUCGACAUCAUCUUCGUCGAGAAUGUUCUUCAAUUUGUACUCAGGCUACUUACCUGGUUCACUUAUUUUCAACUUCACUUAAUAAAACAAAACCUAAUAAGGAGAACGCGAUCAGCUUGAAUACGUUAACGUGGAAGGAGCUAAUUAGUUUGACUGAUGAGGUUGUGUUAUCUGAAAUCUCCACAUUGGAUAUAUAUAGUUUUGAUACAGAUGACCAGAAAUCAUCCAAAACCUUCGAAAUGCAUGGUUCCCUUGACGAAUACUUAACAUCCCCUGAUUGUUUAAAUCUUAUACUGUGGAUUUGUGCUCAACAGUUAUCAUUCUUGAAUGUAAGUGACGAGGAUUUUACUCUCAACUUGCCUAGACUGGAAUUUCUGCUUAAAUCGGUCAAAAAACUAUUUCCCAAGUUGGAGUUUUCUUGUCCAUCACCCGUUUUUGGAUCACCUUCUGAGCUUAAAUCUGAUUCAACCGCAAAUGUUGAUCAACUUUAUCAAAUCGACGUAAUUUGUUUUCUGAUCACCUGUUUUCUUCAUAUUUCUACACGAAGUCUUUCCAAAACAAACUCAAAUUACGCACAAUCUCUUAGGUCACAGUUAGCAUUUAACUCAACCAUUUCAGGUGUCGGACUCGAUUUUCUCUUCCUGCCUUUGUGUUUGAUACCUACUGUGCAACUUGCCACUUCUACACAGCGUUCAUGGUGGUCAUUACUUACCAAGAAUACAUUAGAAUUUAGUUCACAGAAUAAAUUGGAGGACGAUAAUCGUGCGUUUUUUCAGUGUGGUCUGAAUCAACUACGACUUAUAUUCCAUCCUACUCGCUGUCUAAAUUAUGAAGGUGGUAUUAUGAGUCCACCUUUUUUGUUUCGAGUUGCUCAAGGUCUCACUAAUUUAAUGAACUAUUGUUCAUUCAGUCGACUGGAAACUUUUGAAUCAUGGCCUUUACAAUACUGGUUAUUUGCUUUGAAGAAUCAUAUCUUAGGUUUUUCAACUGAACAAAGUACUCCAGUCAUUCAAUCACACAAUGCUUCUUUUUGUUCGGGUUACAAAAAAUUUGGCACCAAUCGUUGUUUUAGUCCUAUGGUGAAUCGAAAUAUGCAGUGCAAUAAAACAGAAUAUACUGGUUCUCAUAUCUUGUUUUUAAUACCGUCAAAUUACAACAGUUGGUGUGGUGUUUCAAAUGAUUCAAAAGACAUCUCUUCUUUAUGCAUUGAAUGGUGUAAACGGGGUUGGCUCUGGUGCUUAAAUACUAUUGAAGAUUAUUUUCAGACAGGUUGUGAAGUAAGCAAUAAUGAUAAAAAGCUUGUGAAAUUACUUAGUCGUUUAAGUGAUCAUGAUUCGUCGAUUUGUGACGCGACAGCCUAUUCACGUUUGAAUAAAAUUCUUGUUCAGUUGUCAAAAUCAAAUGAAUUUACUAGUCUUACAAAUACAGAAUCUCCAAGAAUUAAUCAUGAUCAACGAGUCAAAAGUCUACAAUCAGACCAAAAUUGUUUGCGAAUGUCACGAAAUACCUAUCCAGUAAACGAGUCUAAUGCUUAUAAUUCUAUUUCGUCAGUUCUCAGUAGUUCAGAUACAAAAGAAAUGCCUACUAUAGUUUCACCUAUAGUUCAAAUGAACAAUUCACAUCUUAAUUCAUGUUCUGUUACAACUAACAACAAAGAUACAGAACAUUUACAAGUGAAUGCAAUGAACAGUAUCAAUCAAAUUCAGACUCCUUCACAAACUUCCAUAUCACCUUCAUCGGUUAAUACUCCUAUUCGUUCAACUUAUAUAACAGCAGAAAAUCCUAACCAUAAUGUUAACUCAACUCUUACUUGUUCAUUAACAGAAUUUUGCAAAUCACUACAAAAUGCUACUGGUGUACCAUCUGUUAAUCAAAUGACAACAACAGCUUAUCGUCAGGAUUCUUGUCUAACUAAUCUAAUCAGUGUUUGGCAGACUUUAGUCAGUGGUCUGUCUUGUCAGUUAGCUGAAACAAAAGCUGAACUUACACGUAGUCGAGAGCUUAAUGAACAGUUAUCUAAGCAAUUAAAUGAGACUAGCAAACAGCUAUCAGAUGCAGUUAAUAAAUUUAUUGAAUUUGAAAAAAGUAAUCGAAUUGUUUCAACUAAGCCUUCAAUUGAUAUUACUGCACCACUAGGAGUUAAUAUGUUUGAAAAUCCAAUCCGAGAACUUUCAGUUGCUAUUAGUGAACUUCGUCAUUGGCUUCCAGAGAGUAUGGCAGCUGCUGCUUGUGCUGCUGUCGAUGCGCGCUUAACAACUUCUGUUCAAGCUCCUGUACCACCGUGUAGUCAGUAUCAAUUAUCAAGUCAUUCAGAAGUAUUAAUACAGUCAAAUAAUACGGCUAAAUCUGUCCAAGAAAAACCAAAGCUCAGUACUGUUAUUUCGUCACCCAAAUCAAAGGAUAAAGAUUUCGAACAAUCUCCUGAGGCUUAUGAACCAGAUGUACAUUUUACACCCGUCAUAGAAACACUUCCAGAUCUUGUUGAAUUGAAAAACGAAGAGGAAGAUGAACAACGUCUAUUUUGUGAACGUGCUCGUCUAUUCCAUUGGGAUAAGUCAAGUGGGAGUUGGAAAACUCGUGGACUUGGUGAUGCUAAAAUUUUAAAGAAUCCAAAAACUGGUAAAUGUCGCUUAGUUAUGAGACGUGAUCAGGUGAAAAAAUUAUGCGCAAAUCAUUUUAUUACUCCUUCAGUUAAACUAACUCUUUCAACGAAAGAUCAAAAAAUGGCUAUGUGGACAGUUAAAGAUUAUUCAGAAUCUAUGGAGGGUAUCGAUGAAUUGUUUAUGAUUCAAUUUAAAUCACCCGAAAUACUUAAUGAUUUUAGUAGAAUCUUCUCUGAAUGCACAAAAGAAACCAGUAUUGUAAAUACAUCCGUAAAGUUAAUAUCUGAUACUGUUAAUAAAUCACCAUUCAAAAAUGAUACUACUGUUGGUGUAAAAUCAUCAGGACCUGUGACAGAAAGUGUUCAAUCAACUUUGAAUGUUAAUUCUAAGCCAUUAAAAGUAGACAAAUCGAAAAACACUGUUCAAUCGACCAAACCGUCAUCGAACAUAGACCUGUCAAAGUUUGCUCCUAAAUUAGAUUCAUGGGAAUGUCCAACUUGUUUACUGUAUGUUGACUCGUCUAUUACUGUGUGUUCAGCAUGUCAAACUGCUAAACCGGGCUCUUCAGGAGAACAUUCAACUGUUACUUCUAAAUCUACUCUUUCAACAUCUUUAUUUGGUGGCAUUUUACAAAAUGCUGGUGGUUUUGUAUUUGGAAAUCCAAAAGGUUCAGAGUUCAUGACUACUACCACUAAUACUACUUCUACUACUACUACUAAUGCUAAUAUUACUGAUUCUGUUGCAAUAGUCACAGCAACAGUUACAACGUCAACAACACAUAAACCUAUAUUCAGUUUUGUUGCCACCUCUCCUAAGCAACUUACAAAUGUAUUUCCUUCUUUAUCAUCAUCUCAGACACCAGUAACAAAGUCGUUCCUUUUUACUUCUCCAUUCACUACGAACUCUUCUACAUGCGCACCAUCGAUCCCUACGUUUUCCACUCCUUUAACAUCCAGUGCGUCAGCUGACGAGAAGAAGACAGUUGCACCCAGUUCAGGAUUCACUUUUUCUUUUGGUAACGCAUUAUCUAAACUGAAUGAAACAAAUAAGCCAUCGACAGUUAAUUUUUCAACUCCCACUCUUAAUAGUAGUCAUCAUAACGACGAUAAUGAUGACGAUAAAGUCGAACUUCUAGAUGAUUCGAAGUUGACAUUUAAACCUGUGCUUGAAGUUAUGCCACAAAAGAUUGAAGUUGUAACCGGAGAAGAAAAUGAUGACGUUAUAUUUUGUCGUCGCGCCAAACUUUAUCGUUGGGAUAAUAACACUUGGCAUGAACGUGGAGUUGGUGACUUAAAAUUACUUCGUUCUACGAUAACUGGUGUAAUACGUUGUUUGAUGCGUCGUGAUCAUGUUUUGAAAGUAUGUUGUAAUCAUGUGAUCGGAGCUGGUAUGCAUUUAAAACCCAUGAACACUGGAGGUGGUCGUGCUUGGAGUUGGUGGGCUAUCGAUUAUUCUGAGCAGUCUGAUGAAGCUAACAAAACGACCGAAACUGACUCAUCUGAUUUGGUUGGUGGGGGUAAACGUGAGACAUUUGCAGCUCGUUUUAAGCUUACUGAGGAUAGUGAUGAAUUUCGAUCACUUUUCGAGGAAGCUGUUCAAACGGCUGAGAACCGUGCCAAAACAUCUCAGUCAAGCGAAAUAAAACUGUCGAAUAAACAAACAGUGGAUCUAGAUCAAAAUGGUGAUGAUACGGACUCUGAUGUAGUUGUCGUUGAACUUCCUUUAAAGGUCUCAGAUGAUCAAUUAUCUAGGGCUCGUAGACUUAAAUUACCUGAUGAAUUUUACAGUUUUGAAAAUGGUCACAUAACUGGUGAAUCAGAGCAUCUUACAGCACGAGAAGAAGCCGAAGAAGAUGCACUAUUAGAAGCUGCUGUAAAAAGUAACAGAGACAGUGGUACUACUACUACUACUACUACUACUACAGAACAUUCAGAUAGUGAUUCUACUGUUAAACUCACACCGACUUCUAAACAGCAAAACGUAACUACCGAGGUUCAGUGUACAAAAGCAGUUACAGCUUCUUCAUCGUCUUCCAUGUACAUCCCACAAGCCAAGGGUUUAAUUAGUUUUUCAACGUUGAGUAGUGCUGCCUCUAAAGACAGUCAACCAACAUGGGGUUCACCGAAUAAUGCUCCAACAUGGAGUAAUGUAGGUGCACAACUAUUUACUAAACCUGUCAAGGCAGCAACUGAACAAGAUGACGAAGACACAUCUGACACAGAAAAUGAUCCUCAUUAUGAACCGAUUGUUCCAUUGCCAAAACUUGUUGAGGUCAAGACUGGAGAAGAAGAGGAGCUUUGUAUUUUCCUUCGACGUUGCCGUGCCUACCGUUAUGUUGAUAAAACCUGGAAAGAACGUGGCAUCGGUGAAAUCAAAGUUCUUGUACAACCUCGUACUAUGCCUACAGAUGCUAAACACUUUGGACCACGUGAUGUAGUCCCUCUAGAAUAUAAAUUGACUGACAUUGGACGUGCACGUAUUUUAAUGCGUCGUGAUCAAGUUUUAAAAUUAUGCUUAAAUCAUCCUAUUAGUCAUGAAAUACCAGUGUUAAAACCAAUGGGUAAUAUGUCUAGUGGUAAUAGUCUAUGUUGGGUUGGUGAAGACUAUAGUGAAGGUUCAGCUAGCCUGGAAACAUUAGCUGUUCGAUUUAAGCUUGAUACAGAUGCUGAGGAAUUUAAAGCUGCAAUCUCACGAGCACAAGCAGCGCUAAGUGAUUCAUAAUUUCAGCGAGUAUUAUCUUCUCCUUGGAUAAAUUUCUUUCGUGAAUGUUUUCAUGACUGUUCAAUUAUAAGAAUGUCUUAAUCUUAUUCAUUUACCAUCUCUUAUAUAUGUUAUUGUAUUCUCGACUCUCUCGAUCAAUGUACAUCAUUAAAUACUACUUACAAUAUAAAACUGGUCAUAUAUACCUAUGUUUUGUAAUAAAAAAAUAUAACAUAGAUUUAUCAUUUGUCUUCCCUCUUUUUUGUUGUUGGUUCUAUCCCCAUUUCAAAUCCAACCGAUAAAUAAAUUACUAAUAUACAAUUAGAUUUUAUUUCAAAGGAAUAAUAAAACUGAGUAGAUUAUCAUCAUACAAAGGUUACAAAUGUUAUUUAAUAAUAGUUCGAUCAAUUGUUUGUUCAUGAAGUUGUAUCAAUCGAGGAAUUAGAAUAGAUUCAAUUUCUUGUGAUAUGAUUUGCCGUUUAUUAAUUUCAUCAAUAUUAUUCUCCAUAUUUAUAUGUUCAACAAUUAUGUCCUGUGUAUUGUUCUGUUUAAAUACUAACCAUACUUCUUUUGAUCUGGUUUGUAAAAGAUUAGCAACUAUCACAUUGGGAUUGUACAUUUCAAGGGAUUGUUUUGCUUUAACUAAUAACAGUCGAUGAUCUGUUUCAAGCUCAAAAUAAAUAAAUACAUUUAUCUCAACAUUUUAUAAGAAUUAUAAACAAUAUUUUCACAAUAAACCAGUUCAAUGCUAGGCUUAUAUUAAUUUCUACAUAAUACUGUCAUGAACGAGGAUACAGGGUGGGGACAACCAAAUGUAUUUUUAAUUAAAAAAAAACAGAAUGUCUUUGUUUUAUUACGAUCACUGGUCAGUUUCUCUAGAUUGUGAUCAUUUUAUUCCGGAGUUAAACUAGUUAACUGGCCUGUUAAUAUUGUGUAGUUGCUCGAACGUGAUUUGGAUUUUGUAUUUGUAUAGAUGCCGUGUUGAAAGCGUAAAUGAGCAGUUUGUGGUGGGGUUGUUUAAUUACUCAACUUCACAAUUGAUUGAUCACUGGGUGGUGAUCAAUGUCAUGCUUGUCUAGUCCUUAUUAGUGCAGAUCGAAUGCUAUCGAUCAUGUUGCAAUGUGGCCACCAGUCUAGGUGACUCGACACUGCGGGCACUAUGUAUUGAGAUUUAGAUGGUGGUUGUAGGUAGUCAACAGGAAACCCUGGACCCGGGUUUCGUGCCACUUGGCACUCGUCAGCAAGGCGUACCUGUAAUCUUGAGGGAACUGGUGCUCCCUGGCGGAUUCGAUCUCGUGUCACCCAGCUUCACAGUCAGAGACGUUACCACUGAGCUAUCCCAGCCGUGACUGACCUCAACUUCCACUUAUUAGAUUUUAGUCUCUGAUACCACUUCAUCUACCUAAAUCUAAUCAAUUGGUUAGUCCUUGUAGUUGAAUAGUGGCUUGAAUUUUGGUUACACCAUUUAUUUUUGGUUGUAGUAUUGCUAGCCUUGACAUAAAGGAAUGUAACUAAAGGCUGACUGUAUUAACACGUAAUUGGUGAAUGAGUAGCGUUUGCAUCGUAGUACUUGCAAUCAAAGGAAAUUUGUCAAAGCGAUGUGAUAUGUAUCAGUAAAAUACAUUUCAACCUGAUCACACGUUUGGUGUUGUGUUAUCUGAGCUGGUCGAUUGAAUUAUGAAGUUUUCUUUGCUUAACUAGACAACUUGUCAUCAAUACAUAUUUCAAAAGGCAGUGAGCUAUUGGAAUUUUUUCACAAUCGAUUAAUAGUUCGUUAUUCUGUUGACAUGGAAUCCGGAAGGAUUGUUGUCCAUUAUUAUAUGGACGUUGUUUGCUUGCAAACAACUUAAUACAAAGUUUUGGUUGUGAUAUUUUAUCCGAGAAUUCAAUAAGUUAGCAUUAAUUCACUACAGUUUAGAUUUUACAGGGAAAGCUCCUAAAAAAAAGCAUCACCUUUUUUAGUACAAUAAUCAGAUGCCUUAGUAGCUUAGUUAUGUAUAUCAUCGCUAAAUAGAAGACUACAUCCAGUUUGGUACAUACAAAUUAUCACAUCAAUCUAUCAAAAUUAUAAGGUGUGUAAUGAACUUAGAAAACAGGCAUAAGUUAUUCAAAACUGUAUAGAUUUUGAGAAAUAAGUAACAGAAUAUUUACUUGUAAAUAAAUCACAUUUUUAACUAAUUAUAAAUUAAGGUCAUUUUGAAAUGUUCCAUAGUGAAGGCAAGUAUUGGUAAAGCAAGAGUGGCAUUCCUACAGUUGAAGAACAUAUGGAAUUCGAAAUAACUGUCAAACAAUAUCAAAGUCAGAAUCUUCAACACGAACACGAAGAUAGUUCUGUAGUACGGAACAUGAUGAAGAGCGAGUACAAAUCAAAUCUAGGUUAAUCAAAUGUCUAAUGGACGACUGUGAACAGUGGUGGGCAACGAAAGCAAAAGAGAUAGAAAAGGCGGCGGCUAUAGGGAACACAAGACAGCUCUACAGACUAAUAAAAGAAACUGGAAUUAAUAAGUCAACUGUAAGUCAGACUAUUUCGGAAAAAGACGACACUCUCAUCUGCUCCCAGUCCGGACGUUUAGAACGAUGGGUGGAACAUUUUAGAGAACAUUUCAGCUGGACUUCGGCUACUCCACAACUACCCACCAUUCCCAGACAGCCUGAAUGGAACAUUGAAGUAGGUCCCCCAACUCUAGCAGAAGUUCGAAAGACUAUAGUUAGUCUGAAACGAGGAGGAGCAGCUGGUUCAGAUGGAUUGGCUCCAGAGGUCUUCAAGGAUGGUGGUCCCAUUUAAGUGCUUAGGUUGACUAAGAUUUUAGCUAAGAUCUGGGAGUUGGACGUAAUCCUAUCUGACUGGUCACAAUCACUUAUCGUCCCAAUUUAUAAGAGGGGGUUAAAAUCAUCCAUAGAGGGAUUAGUUCAACUAAUAUAGUAUAUAAAAUACUAGCUCCGAUGAUUAUCGGACGCCUAACUAAGACUCGUGAACUGCAAACUCAAGAAAAUCAGACUGGCUUCAGACAUGGCCGUGGCUACAUCGACCACACAUCAUUCGUCAUGAUCUAGAACCCAGGCGUACUUAUCGACGUCCGACAAUGGUGGUCUUUCUUGAUUAAAAAGCAGCAUUUGACUCCGUAGACCGCGAGAUUCUGUGGCAGUGUCUGUCAUUGAAAGGUGUACCUCAGAAGUACAUAAAGCUUGUGAAGGCUCUUCACUCGAACACUACUAGUCGAGUCAGAGCUUAUGGAGAACUGUCAUCUGCUUUUGCAACCUCAAGUGGUGUCCGUCAAGGCUGUCCACUUUCUCAAUUUUUGUCUGACUUCAUCAUAGAGCUGCUGAUGGAAAUAACGCUUUCGUCGACUGAAUUUUCAGGAAUUGAUCUUCCAGGAGAUCCAAUUAUCGACUUAGAAUACGCAGAUGAUAUAGUCCUGUUUGGUGAAGACGCUGAAAAAAUGCAGUCUUCUGGUGGCACUGAGCAACAAUGACAGGAUGUUACGGAUGCGUUUCUCUCUAUCUAAAUGCACGUUGUUGCUUCAGGACUGGUCUGCGUCAACACCUGAAUUAAGGAUAAUGAGUGAAGUAGUCGAAUGCAUCGACAACUUUACUAAUUUUGGAAGUCUGAUCAGCCCAGAUGAGUUAGUGUCUGACGAAAUCUCCGCACGGAUUCGAAAAACUUGUUUAGCUUUUGCCUAAGGGACGAGUAUACUGCGCGGCAGUUCGUUCUGUUCUAAUUUACGGCCGCGAAACGUGGCCAUUAAGAGUAGAAGAUACUUGUGAGCUACUAGUGUUUGACCACGGAUGCCUUAGAAAUAUUGUUGGCGUCUGCUGGGAUCACCGGGUAAGUAAUAGUGAGGUUCGAUGCAGGGUAUUAGGGAAUGAUGGUAAAUCAGUUGAUGAGGUUGUGAAUUUUCACUGACCGAGAUGGUCUGGCCAUGUGUUACGCAUUCCCAACCACCGAUUACCACGACGCUCAAUGCUGACUAGUGCUGGAGAUGGUUGGAAGAAAGUUAGAGGCGGCCAAACCAAAACGUGGCAUCAGUGCUUGAAGACACUAACUUCUGAUAUGAGCCAUGUUGGUAUAUGCAAAUUACUUGGUUGGGGUCCGCGUGACUGUCGUGGCCAAUGGCUGGAGACUCUGGGUGAAAUGGCUCAGAAUCGAUCGUCUUGGCGUGGGUGCAUACACUCUUUGUUUUCCUUUAGACUGAGAUUAAAAUUGCUUUAUACCUUUAUUUCUACGAACUAGUACACAAUCUUUCUUUUAUAUAUUACUACCAUUGCAGUAACUACUAUGAAUUCGAUGUUCGUCUUGUUGUGCCAGUGUGGUGUGGCAACUUGGACCGAUGUGUAUAUGUGCUUGGUCCUGCGUUGUUGCUUUUGACUGAUUGACUGAUGGACGUGAAACCUGAAGAACUACUACAACCAUCAUCUGAAAAGUGUAGGUAUUUAUAAACAUUUGUCUACACAGGCUGAUACAUAUCUGUUGGGCAAAUACCAUCAGAAAAAACCUACUGUGGGAGAGAACAAGCGUGAUUCCAGCUGAAGAAAAAAUUACAAGAGGCUGGAGGUGGAUACAAUACAUGUUCUGGAAAUCAUUAAACUGCAUCACAAGACGAGUCCUGACUUGGUAAAACGAAAAGAGGGAGACUAAAGAAAAUAUCACUCCGUUAUUUGGAGGUAACACUUGGUGACAACUGUAAAGGAUUUCCCAGGACAGACUCGGUUGGAGAAUCCUGGUGGGCGGUUUAUGCUCCACCACGAAUAGUAUCAGGUACUACUUUGUGUAAAAUUUAAUAUUAAAUACGAUUACACAGCUUUAGUAAGUGACAUUGUCAAAUACAAAAUGAAUUUUUCGAUUGAGAUCAUGAAUCGAUUGAUGUUAGACUACCAUAGGAAAUCUGGAAGCGCUGGAUGGCUGCUUCAUCCAAGUAUGAGACUAUUCAGCAGUGCGCAUCCACGAUCCUGCAUGUGAGAUUCAGAAAAAGGAUGUUCUGUCUCGCACUCAAACGUUUAACCUCUAGACCACUGAAUUAUCUUCAUUAUGCCUGAUAAGAAACCCAUUUUAAAAUUAUAAUCCACCGGGUAAAAAAUUUAAACAACAAUGAAUAAUAAUAAAAACAUGCAAUAACUUGACAAUAUACUGCUCACCAUACAUAGUAUAUUCAUUGAAUAUUGAACUUAAAAACUGUACAGAAUUCUCUUUCAAUUGUAAUUUAUUAUCUUGUGGAUUAAACAUGAACCAAUUAAAUAUUUCGAUGUUAUUUUGGUUACUAUUAUUAUUAUUAUUAUUAUUAUUAUUAUUAUUAUUAUUAUUAGUAGUAGUAGUAGUAGUAGUAGUAGUAGUAGUAGUAGUAGUAUUAGUUAAUUUGUUUGAAUCCACCUCUUUGGUACACUUUUGUUGUUGUUCUUUUUCUUCUUCUCGGUGAUAAUUUUGUUGUUGAUUGGUUAAACGAUGUAAAAAUGGUAGUAAAGAACCUUUACGAUGAAAAUAUAAUACAGCAUAAUUUGAGCGUAGAAAAUAUUCGGCAGAAAGUGCACCUCUUAAAC